GACAGCUACUUCCAACUCUCAACAUGUCCAAAGAAACAAUCGUAGUGAUAGGAGCGGGUGUCAUUGGCCUUUCCACCGCACUGUGCAUCCAACAACACCUUACUCCGACCCAAUCCAUACUUCUCGUAGCCCGCGAGUUCCCCUCAGAAACUUCCGUCAACUACGCCUCGCCAUGGGCAGGAGCCCACUACCGCCCGGUGCCAGGCUCCUCGCCACAGGCUUUGAAAGAAGCGAGCCAAGCGCAGCGCACAUAUGAGUUCUUGAAGCGGACUGCGGCCGCUGAGCCCGGCGCAGGAAUCAAGUUCGUCGAGGGUGUUGAGCACCUCGAGGCUCCGCCACCUGAGUACUUGGAUCAGCAGAGUGUGAGCAAUGUCUACUCGCAUGUGGAUGGGUUCCAGAUGCUGGGAAAAGAGGAGGUUCCAGUUGGUGUGGUGUGGGGCGUGAAGUACGGGACCUAUGUGAUUAACUCACCCGUUUACUGGGGCGAGACGAGACAGUAUACGCUUGCCAAUGUGAAGGAGGCGUUCAGUAUGGCGGGGAAUGUGAAGACCGUGGUAAACUGCUCUGGAAGUGGGUUUGAGGACCCGAAGUCAUUUAUUAUUAGAGGUCAAACGUGUCUCGUACGUAACCCCGUCUCGAAGACCAUUACUCGACAGAAUACAGAUGGCUCGUGGUCCUUCUGUAUUCCACGGCCCCUCGAAGGUGGAACCAUCAUCGGAGGCACGAAAGAGCCGAAUAACUGGGACCCGAACCCAUCGCUGGAAACGAGGCAGCGCCUCCUCGCUAACGCAGCUAAGUGGUUCCCUUUCACGCCCGAAAGCGACGGCCAGUUCGAUGUGAUUCGUGAUAUUGUCGGUAGGCGGCCUGCUCGAGACGGCGGUUUGCGCAUCGAGGCGGAGAAGCUCGCUGAUGAUGUGUAUAUCGUUCAUGGGUAUGGUGCUGGUGGUCGCGGCUUCGAGCUGUCUCGGGGUGUUGCCGAAGAUAUCGUAGCCGUGAUGCUUGAGAAGAGGCUGUUGCAGGCUAAAGCCUCGCUGUAA